CCCCUUUUACCCCUUCUUCCUCACCUCAUUCUCUGUUCUUAGUUGCAGAUUCCUUUCUCCGCCUUUCCAAUCUGUAGAAAUUGAAUCCAGGAGAGGAAUGACCGCGGCGCUCGUCGAAUUUUCCCUCAAGCCUUCGCCUCCUAAGCCCUCCCCUCGCAGCUUUGUCUCCUCCUCGAAGGAAUUCCGCAACCACCUCAGACUUACGGAGAUCCCACCCAAAAACUGGACUUUGGCCUCAAAAGUCCUACUGGACGAUGAAGCCGCUCGAGAACGCGAGAAAAGAGAGCUUUCUCGCGAAGACUACGACGGUCUGAUCCAUUCCCACUGCUCAAAGGGCCGCCUUGACCGGUCCUUGCACCUUCUGAGCCGGAUGGAGGCGGCAGGGAUGCGCCCGAGCGCCGCGUCCUACGGCCGGCUCGUCUUCGCGCUGGGCCGCACCGGGAGGACACUCGAGGCGGACUCGGUCUUCCGGGAGAUGAAGUGGUCGGGCAUCCGGCCCACUUCGAGGGACUACAACGCGCUCCUCGGCGGAUUUUUGCGGAAAGGUCAGCUUUUGAUGGCCGAUCGCGUGCUUGUUGAGAUGAGCAAGGAGGGCGUGGAGUGGAAUCGACAGACCUACUUCAUCCUCUUGGAUUCCUAUGUCAAUUCUGGUCGUCUGGAGGACACCUGGUGGGUUCUCGGAGAGAUGAAGGCAAAGCGAAUUCGACUGGAUUCCUUUGUGUAUAGCAAAAUCAUUAAGCUUUAUCGGGACAAUGGCAUGUGGAAGAAAGCUAUGGAGCUGGUAAUGGAGAUGCGUGAGCUUGGCAUUGUGCCUGACGUGAGAAUGUACAAUGAUAUGAUCGAUACCUUCGGAAAGUAUGAUCAAUUGGAUGAAGCAGUCAAGGUGUUUGACAAAAUGCGCAGUGAAGGACUAAAGCCAGACAUCACAACUUGGAACAUGCUGAUUAGGUGGCAUUGCAGGGCUGGUGACUUGGAACGUGCCCUUGGAUUCUUUACUGAAAUGCAAGAGCAAGGUUUAUACCCUGAUCCUAAGAUAUUUCUCACUAUCAUUAGUCGUUUAGGAGAACAGGGAAGAUGGGAUGACAUAAAAAACUUGUUCAAGGGUAUGAAAUAUAGAGGAAUGACAGAAAGUGGCAUAAUAUAUUCAGUUUUGGUCGAUAUAUAUGGCCAGUAUGGUAUGUUUCAAAAUGCUGAGGAGUGUGUCGCUGCACUUAAAGUUAAAGGCAUACAAAUGUCUGCUAGCCUUUUUUGUGUAUUAGCAAAUGCAUAUGCGCAGCAGGGGCUUUGUGAACAAACUUUGAAAGUUCUUCAGCUAAUGGAAGAUGAUGGAACUGAACCAAACCUUAUAAUGUUGAAUCUGUUGAUGAAUGCAUUUAGUAUUGCUGGAAAGCAUUUGGAAGCAACAACGGUUUUUGAACACAUCAAGGAGAGUGGGAUUAGUCCAGACGUGAUUACUUAUUGUACUUUAAUGAAAGCAUUUAUGAGGGCUCGAAAAUAUGACGAGGUUCCAAUUAUCUAUCGUGAGAUGGAAAGGGCUGGUUGCACUCCUGAUAGAAAAGCGAGGGAGAUGUUGCAUGAUGCCUCGCUCAUAUGCCUUCAGCGAGGUGGUUUUUCUUCAAACUCGAGGAAAAUCUCAUAAUCUGAAGGCCAUUAACAAGCUUUAAAGCUAAACAGUCUGACAAAAUAGGUAGGUUGGGGGCUAUUAGUGCUCCACACAGAAAGA